AUGACCUCAUCGCCGGCACCGGCACCGUCACCUGCAGCACGAUUUACGCCCUCUGAGACUGCCGACCAACGACAGUCGAUGCUGUGGGAUCUGAGAAGACAGCAGAACAGUCUGAGCUGGCGGGUGUACUCUAAUUUGUCGUUCCCGCCGAUAAAUCAAAUGCUGUGCGAACUAGGCGGAGUAGCGACAGCCGCAGCGGCAUUGUCACUCGGGGAUCGUGGAUCGCUGCAGUCGUCGGCUGCGUCGACUGCGGAAACCAAGUCGUCUGAGUCGUCUUCAUCAGAAGAUAUGCUCGGGUCCUUUAUCGAGAAGAGCGCAGGUCUCCAAGACCGUACUAGCGAGCUGGGCACGCUCAUGUCCGGCGUCGCGAUGCACAUAAAGCCGAUUGAAUACUCUCGCAUGCGAACCUGGAUCACGAACCGUCUGGGCACGGUCUACACCGGUCUUCAGACAGCUACCGCAGCCGCGGCAGCCACGAUUAACGUGCCUGCCGACGGAGGCGGGUUUUUCUCGAACUUUGGCAUCUUGAGAGACGAUCUGGACGAGUAUCUGGCGGCGGACGAGGACGAGCUGGCGGCCGAGCAGCAGCUGUUUGGCACGAACGUCAGUUCGAUCUUGAACACGGUCACGGAGUUUUGCUACUAUUUGGCGCAGGAGAGUAGUGAGGGCGGUCGGGGCGGUAGCGAGAGCAGCGAGAACAAUGGUGGUUUGGAUCUAGCGAGCGAUGAUUCGCAGCCAUGCGCAGCCGAGAUGCAUCGAACGAGAUCAGUUCCUUCGGAAUCAGAUAUACCUAGCAUUUCGACCUCUGAGAACCUCUUGGAAGAAAAAUUCCCAGUAUCACUCGAAUCGUCUGACGUCCUCGAAGAUCCACAGCUUCACCAGCCUCAAGUCCAAGCCGACCUCACAUCCACUCCCGACGACAACGAGGACGACGACACAGCUGACUACGAUCUCCUAAACCAUGAUGAAAUUGAAGACAUCACUCCGAGCUUUGACAACGUCCGAGGAUUUUCCGUCGAACGAUCUGCAGCCGCUGCUGUUGCGGUGAAGAGCGAUGAUGAUAUCGACGACUGGGAUAUGGUGUCUACUGAUGAACUUGAUGGUGAAGACGCAGAUACGAUGAUAUAG